CUGUGCCGCACCCUGAACCUGCCGCCUCCGUUUAGCAGGCAGGGCAUUUUAAACCAGCUGUCCCAGCCUUUGUGCGCUCUAAGGCGUGAGAACUGCUGCAGGGUCUAUCCCUGCGUCCCGGCCGUCCUGGCUGUCUUCAUCUGGAGUAUGCAGACAGAAGAGUCCACACCUGGACAGCCCCGCUCAGGCUGGCACUGGUUAUUGAGCACCGCUCCAUCUAACUACUGCAGACCUACUUAACUGAAAUGUUAAACAGCUUGAAGUCCUGUGCCCAUUAACUGUCAGAGCUGGGCCUUAGUGAUGGCAGCUAACAUGACAGGCACAUUUCCAACUUUCAGGCCGUGCUCUAACUUGAGUGAACCUUUAAUUCUUCACUAGAGCCAUAAGUGGCAGGCCUUACUUACUGCAGCACAGUGACAUAAAGACAUUUGCCUGAAAUCACGCAGAGGCAGGAUUCCAACCCAGCAUGGAUCUUGGUGGCUCUGAGCAAGAUCCUGAAAUGAAGGAAAAUUCUCCUGUCUAUGUUGGCAGAGAAGAUGACAUUAAAAAGUCUGAAAGAAAGACAGCUGUUGUCCAUGAUAGAGAAGUGGUCAUUUUCUACCACAAAGGAGAAUAUCAUGCUAUGGAUAUUCGCUGCUACCACUCAGGAGGACCUUUACAUUUGGGAGACAUAGAGGAUUUUGAUGGACAACCGUGUAUAGUUUGCCCCUGGCAUAAAUAUAAAAUUACUUUGGCAACAGGAGAAGGACUGUAUCAGGCUAUAAACCCUAAAGAUCCAUCAGCAAAACCCAAGUGGUGUUCUAAAGGAGUAAAGCAAAGGAUUCAUACAGUGACAGUGGACAAUGGGAAUAUUUAUGUGACUCUUUCUACUGAGCCUUUCAAGUGUGACUCUGAUUUUUAUGCCACUGGAAACUUCAAAGUAAUUAAGAGUUCUUUCUGAUAAAAUUACAUUGCAAUGAUAAAUAUGUAUGUAUUGAAAAUAACCUUGUUUCAAUACCAAAGACAGUGCAUUACUUUUCUUUAAAAAUUAUAUAAAUCUGAGAAGCUCCAAAGCACAUGUACUGAGUAUGAUGUAAGGAUUAUCAUCAGGAUCUAUAGAAUACAUUUCAUCCACUCUUCUGGAUUGAUUAGAACCUGAAGGUUAUAGGUCUGGUAUGUGCAUUGUAAGAAGAAUGAAAGUAAUUUGCAGUAACUAAAAUGAAGAAAAGGUAUAAAAUAAGAUGUACUAAGAAAAAUGGGUGGGGGGGGCAAUCCUUAUUUGACGUAGCAGAUUUUGUCAUGGAAAAAUUUAAUAUAUACAAAGUAAACAGAAUAGUAUAAUAAACUCUCAUCACACAACUUCAACAAUUUCAGCAUUCCUCCAUUCUUGUUUUAUUAAUACCUUCACACAUU